AACUCUCGGCUGGCCGCUGAUGCUGCGGUGUUAUAACAGUCAAGUUUGUGUGACUCGGUCUUACCGCUGUAGCAGCAUUACUGUCUCUCUGACUGUGUUUGACAGGUGAAGCAGUAACUCUAAAAACACAUCACUGACACCGCACACAGCGGGCGGUUUGUACAGAUAACUGUCUGGUGUGCUCUCAACCUGCGGAAACCGGAGUUUAAGAUGCGAAUGUAGCCGCUAGCGAGCGAGCCAGGCCGCUCAGAGCUGGCUGGCCGUAUCCUUCACCAGAACAGGGGCAUAAAUGUUGACCACAGACCUCUCAGUCCACUUGGUUGACGACGUUGGAAAAGAUGCGCAAGGACGUGAGGAUAUUACUGGUGGGAGAACCCAAGGUGGGGAAGACGUCUCUUAUCAUGUCCCUGGUCAGCGAGGAGUUCCCAGAUGUGGUUCCCUAUCGAGCUGAGGAGAUCACAAUACCUGCGGAUGUCACGCCAGAGAGAGUCCCCACACACAUUGUGGACUAUUCAGAGGCAGAGCAGACAGAUGAGCAGUUGUUUCAGGAGAUUUCUAAGGCAAAUGUGAUUUGCAUCGUCUACUCUGUCAACAACAGAAAGUCCAUAGAGAAAGUGACCAGUCACUGGAUCCCACUCAUUACAGAGAACACAGACAAAGACAGCCGGGUUCCUCUGAUCUUGGUGGGGAAUAAGUCUGACCUGGUGGAACACAGCAGCAUGGAGACCAUAUUGCCCAUUAUGAACCAGUACAGUGAGAUAGAGACGUGUGUUGAGUGUUCAGCAAAGAAUCUGAAGAACAUCUCAGAGUUGUUUUACUACGCCCAAAAGGCAGUCCUCCACCCCACAGGUCCCCUCUACUGUCCAGAGAAAAAAGACAUGAAGCCGCUUUGUGUGAAAGCUCUGACUCGGAUCUUCAAAGUUUCGGACCUGGAUAACGAUGGAAUCCUCAAUGAUAAUGAGCUCAAUUUCUUCCAGCGGACGUGCUUUAACACCCCUCUAGAGCCUCAGGCUUUAGAGGACGUGAAAAAUGUGGUGAGGAAGAAUAUGAUGGAUGGGGUGUGUGAUAAUGGCCUCACUCUGAAAGGCUUCCUGUUUCUCCACACAUUGUUCAUUCAGCGGGGUCGGCAUGAAACCACCUGGACAGUGCUGAGGAGGUUUGGAUAUGAUGACGACCUGGAGUUAAACCAGGACUAUCUCUUCCCUCCGUUGAAAAUGCCUCCGGACUGCACUACUGAGCUCAAUCACAAUGCCUACCUCUUCCUCCAGAGCGUCUUUGACAAACAUGAUAAGGACCGUGACUGUGCCUUGUCGCCUGAGGAGCUGAGGGACUUGUUUGAUGUUUUUCCCUACAUGCCCUGGGGCCCAGACGUCAAUAGUACAGUUUCCACCAAUGACCAGGGCUGGAUCACCUACCAGGGGUAUCUCUCACAGUGGACGUUAACAACUUAUCUGGAUGUUCAGCGAUGUUUGGAGUAUUUGGGCUACCUUGGUUACUCCAUAAUUGCUGAGCAGGAGUCCCAAGCAGCAGGAAUAACAGUGACCAGAGAUAAGAAGAUUGACCUGCAGAAGAAGCAGACCCAGCGUAGCGUCUUCCGUUGUAACGUCUUUGGUGAAAUUGGCAGUGGAAAGAGCGGCUUCCUCCAAGCAUUCCUGGGUAGGAACCUCAUGCGGCAACAGAUGAUUAAGGAGGAACACCGAUCCUACUACGCCAUCAGUACAACCUAUGUUUACGGCCAGGAGAAAUACCUACUUCUCCAUGAAGUAUUCCCCGACUUUGACUACCUAUCUGAUGCGGAUCUGGCCUGCGACAUUGUCUGCCUGGUCUAUGAUGUCAGCAACCCUUACUCCUUUGAAUACUGCGCCAAAGUCUUUAAGCAAUAUUUCAUGGACAGCAAGACUCCGUGUAUGAUGAUCGCAGCGAAGUCAGACCUGCCAGAGGUCAAACAGAUGUACGGCUGCAGUCCUCUGGAGUUCUGCAGGAGGCACAAGAUGCCUCCUCCUCAGUCCUUCACCUGCAACACAGCAGCAGAACCAGACAGAGAAAUUUACACCAAACUUACCACUAUGGCCAUGUACCCCCACGCCCGGCUGCGCUGCAUGUGCACUUGUAACCGGUGCACUUUCUGCUUGUGUCAGAACUUCCUCAACUCUGAGCUACUGCAGACCGUCAGGGCCAAAGUCUACGCUGUCGUGCUCCGAAGACACAUAAGCCAAGCAGACCUGAAGAGCUCGACCUUCUGGCUGAGAGCCAGCGUCGGGGCCACCGUGUUUGCCGUGCUGGGCUUUGCCAUGUACAGAGUGCUGCUGAAAACACGGUAAUCUUCGAGCACUCGGAGCCAACCCUCAUUACCACGGUACAUAUUGGAGCCAUUUUUGACCAAUCUAAACAUUAACUUUCCCUAUUUGCAUUUAGUAUAUGAACAUUUUUUUGGGGGGGAAAGAAAUCUGUUAUGAAUCUGUAGUAUAGUUGGGCCCCAUUUAAAAAGUGCAUUUUGUUUUUUGGGGAAAAAAUAAUGUGCUCACUCAUAUGCAAACCAUCUGUUUUGGCUGUUUUAUUCCACUGUUUUCUUGAGAAUAAAAGACAAAUGUUUAAUUUUUUACUAAAUUACUUAUUUGAUUAAUCUGUUAUCUGCAAGUAAGUGAAGAUAAUAUAUUUAUAUUUAUAUGAAAGUAUGGGUAAGCUGCUGCUGAGCUGUAGUGAGCUACAUAAAGCUAUUUUUGGUUGCUUGCUGGUUGAUGUGAAGAACAACUUGAUGUAAUGCACAGUAUAACAGGCUAUAUGCAUUAUGUAAAUACUGUAUAUAACAGACUCUACUUUUGGUUGUUCUUAUAUUGCAAUGGUUUUAGUUUAAAAGUCUGCUCAUGUACUUCAAUAAACAUUAGUUUUGUUUUUCCACAUGGACAUAAAAGUAGCCAAAUUCCUGGACACUUUAUUUUUUUUAAUGCCCACUCAUUUAAAAUGGUCAUCAGUGAGUGUGAAUGAAGAACAAAGACUUUGCUGCUCUCGUGUGUUCCCCACAUUGGUCACUUUUCAUGUUUCAUAUGUUUAUGUGCUAAGCUAUAAGACAUGCAUUUUGUGUGAGCACGCUGCCAUAUUUGACCACAUUCCAGUGUUUAAAAUUUAAUGCAAAUAAAUCACAGGUACAGCUUCUCUCUCUUGCUUGCUAGGCCCAUUUUAGCAAAGAUUCAAGUCUAAUGUCUUUUAUUUUAGUGCUGAACAGAGGCUUGUUGGAUCUUUCAGUCGUUGCUGUGACAGCUCUCUUUGUCAUCAAAGAUGCAAUAAUGUGACCACAAAUGUUACAUUUGAUGCAAUGAGAACAUCUUGGCACUAAAUUUAGUUCAUGUAUUCCCUCAGUCCUGCCUUUCCAAAAGUUUACAAUAAAUUCAUGU